AACUGCUUCCAUCCAUGUUGAAAACGAGCAUGUGGGAAACUAUACAUAACCACAAAUAGUUGUGUUUAACUUUUAGUUAGUGUUGAUAAACUUAAUUUUGCAAAUUGCUUGUUUUUUAACAUUCCCUGAUUUUAACAAAUUAUGGUCUUAGAAUACUCAUCUUUUUCGACUUGUGGACAUUUUUAUGCUCAUUGUGGGAGUGAUAGUAAAUUGAAAAUAUGGGAAACUGGAACGGGAAAUUUAAAGCAAGAGUAUACACCGAAUUUACAUCUUACUUCACCUUACACUUGCUUGACAUGGAUAUCAUCUCUUAAUGUUGCUACGCACCCAAAGAAGAAGAGAAAGUCAGAUGGUGAAGGGGGAUUGCCGUUGCUGGUACUAGGCACGCAGGCCGGUGCGGUGGUGGUGUACAGUGUCGCGGAAGGUGGCAUCGUGAGCAGUCUGAACGAUGGACACAAGUCUGCCGUACAGUGCCUCGCGUGGGAGAGUGGUGCUGACCUCUUUACAUGUUCUACAGACAACUUUGUACAUUGGGACGUCAAAAACAAGACUGUCAGGAGAAAGUGGAGGAACGGAGAAGCCUGCUCAGCAAUGGCAGUAUCGCCGGACGGAGAAAUGCUGAUAACAGCUUCUCGGAGCAUCAAGUGGUGGAGUGUGGAGAAGAGGACGGUUAUCAGGACAUUCACAGGUCAUGCGACACCUGUUAUCAGAUUGGCCUUCUUGACUUCCUUGUCAGGGGAUAACUAUGUUAUAAGUGCUGCGCAAAAAGAUCGACUUGUAAAUGCCUGGUCUUUAAAUGAAAAUGCAGACAACAACGCGGUAUCUUCAUUUCUGCUUAGUGACCUAGUCCAGAAUGUAUCAGUAAAUGUUUCAAAGGAUGGAGUGACCAAUCUUGUUGUCGUGACACAAAGUGGAACCUUACACCUGUUUUCCCAUCAGCUGAACGGCAAAUGUGGAAAGCCGUUAAAACCGACGUUGACGGUGAUGGUGGCGUUCGACACGGGACAAAGCAAGACUAGAGUACCUCCACUGACCAUCCUCGGAGCUCAUCUCUACUCCCAGCUGAGAGCUCUCAUAGUGUACGGGCAGUCACCCUUCCUGGCUUUUGAGAGCAUUAAAUUGGAACACACCAGCAAUGAACUGUGUUUGGUGCGUAAGGAUCCCAAAAAAAGCACAUCAUCUGUCCAACAAGAAGUCGCAAACAAGGUAAGAGCGCCCGAGGUCAGCAAGGAUGUGCAGUAUCUCACCGGGACAGUUGUGAACGGCUCAUUGGCUCCCAAGCGAGGCCGAGGCAAGGAGAGUGAAGUCCCGAUGGAGGAACGUUUGGAAAACCUUGCACUCAACCAGCCAUCGUCGUCCUCUACGCAGCCCAAAACUGAAGGAAUGGCUCAUCUUUUAAUACAGGGGCUCCAAAGCAAAGACAAGUCAUUGCUGCAGAAUGUGCUGUUCCGCAGAGAUGAGGCAGCUAUCACACAGACUGUACAGAGGUUACCUGUACAGGUUAUCGGACUACUGGUGAAGGAGUUGUCUGUACUUCUGCAAGGCAAGACAUUCACGAACCAGGUGGCAGCGGUAUGGCUGAAGGCAUUGCUCGCCACACACUCGGGCCAGCUGUUGGCAGAUCCGAGUGCGACGGCAGCGUUCUCUCCGCUCCUGGGUCUGGUGGAGACCCGAGUCAACUGUCUGGCACCUCUGGGCAGGCUCAGGGGCCGACUGGACCUCAUGUUACACCAGGUGUCUGGCAGUGAGCGACAGUCUGGGCUCGUGGACACUCAGGCUCUAGUCGUGCAUCAGGACGGAGAUUCCACUGAAGAAGGCAGUGACACGUCGGGAAGUGAAGCUGAAGAUGAUGAAUCAGGAGCUAGGCUCAGGAAGUCUCUUACUUGUGAAGUCUGUUACAGGAAGAAUGCGUGUACUCCUAGUUAGUUGGUCACACUGGACCGUUGAUGUGCUCUAGUAUAACUAACACCACUAAUUCAGUGAAUGUUCUGCAGAUUCCACUGAAGAAGGCAGUGACACGUCGGGAAGUGAAGCUGAAGAUGAUGAAUCAGGAGCUAGGCUCAGGAAGUCUCUUACUU